UUCCCGGCCGCUGGCGCAGGAGGAGGAGGCCGCGCCAUGGCCGCUGCCGCCGUGUGGAGCUACCGCGGGGGCCCGCGGGACGAGCAGAGCGCGCUGCUGGUUCAGUUUUCAAAUGGGAGACUGCAGAAUUCUGAAGACAUGAAUUUCACAUUGUACAAAAGCAAAGAUACUACUAAUCCCAGAAAGAAGGACAGGAGAAUCCUGACUUCCGAGACCGAAAGGCUUUCUUACGUGGGAAACAACUUUGGCACUAGCGCCUUGAAAUGUAACUCCCUGUGCAGGUACUUUGUUGGUGUGCUAGACAAGGACUCUGGACAGAUGGAAGUUUAUAAUGCAGAAUUGUUCAAUAUGCAGCCACUGUUGUCAGAUGAUGUAAUAGAAGAAGACCUAUCAGAUUAUCAAAAUAAAUCCUACAGAGAGAAGGUGGAUUCAUGCAUUGAAGCUUUUGGUACCAACAAGCAAAAACGAGCCCUGAACUCUCGAAGAAUGAACCGAGUUGGCAGUGAGACUUUAAAUAUGGCUGUAACUAAAGCAGCAGAAAACAUCAUUGAUGCAAAGGGUGUAGCUGCUUUGGUCAGUGAUGCAGCUCAGGACGAUGUGGAGGAGGUCUCUGUCUUCCUGCCUCCGUGUCAUGAAGAGGCUGACAAACCAGAGAACAUCUACAGAUUUGAGGACCUCAUCUCCUCCGCUGAAUAUGAAGCCCUGCAGGCUCCAGCUGCAGCACUUACUAAUCUUACUUCUGAAGAGAUCCUUAAGAAGCCAGAAGAAGAAAGACCCUGUUCCUUUGUUCUAGAAGAACUGAAGUCUAUGCCUGUAGAUGAGAGCAGCCGAGACCAUAAGGCACGGUGCCUGUGGUUCCUGGAUACCCUUAUCAAGUUCAGUUACAAGAAGGUGAUUAAGAAGAAAUAUCCGAUGGGGCCUGAUUGUCCACGCAUCAUUAACAAAAAACUCACGAAAAAUUUCAGUGCACUAACAUACAACAGUGGCAGGAUCCAGAAUUUAAUCUCUGGUUCGAUGAAGGCUAAAAUCACAGCAUAUGUCGUAGCUCUGGCCUUGCACAUUAACAGCUUCCAGACAGACCUGACACUCUUACAGAGGGACAUGAAACUCCAUGAGAGCAGAAUGCUCGACAUUGCUAAAGCCAUGAGGCUGAAGAUCUCCAAAAAAAAGGGGCUUUCUGGACUUGGAGCUGAUGAGGAUCACAAAUUUGGCAUCCUCUCUGUGCCCUUACCCUCCUACAAACCAUCUAGGGGCCAGAGGAAACGCAAGAAGAUGGACUAAAGAAUGUGGGGUGCAACUGAAAGGACAGCAGAAUAGAGACUCAUUCUACUGGCCUGUUACUGCUCUGAGAUUAGGACCUGUUGUCUGUUCGUUGGCUCUUACUCCAUUUGAACUACACAAGGCAAUUUCUAAUAAUGGGUCUGGACUGACAUUCUCAUUAAACAGUCUUUUUAAAAAGCAAAAUGAAACAAGACACUCAUUCCUCAUUCCUAUACAAACACUUGCAGGAGUAUGGGGCAGAUAGGAGUGAGGAGAAAAUGGGAUGGUUUCACUUGGACUUCCCUUCCUUCCCACCACCUCAGCCAACUGGGCUGCUUUUAUCUCAUGAACUUCUAGUAUCCCAUGAUCAGUUGUAACCCAGGUAGGCCGUGCUAAGGUUAUGGGCAAAUGUAGCUUGGGACUGUGUCUUACUAAAUACAAAUACAGACCUUCUAAUCAGAGUUGGUGCUCUUCCUUUCAUGAUGCCUGUGGCUGAA